UGUCCGGAGAACUACGAACGCGUGGAGGUGGAUGGGACCGCAAAGUGCCUGCGGUUCUCCGCCAGAGGUGACCGUAAAAACUACCAGGCCGCCAGCCAGACCUGCCGGGCUGAAGGUGGUCGUCUGGUGGUCAUCAAGUCCGCCGCUCUCAACACAUUCAUCGUCAACCGCAUCCAAACCACCUACGCCGCCGAGACCUGGAUCGGGCUGGACGAUCUCACUGCUCCUGCUUCCCAGUACCGUUGGAGCGACGGAAGCGUGCUGGGCGGCGGUGACUUCAGCGACUGGUCUCCCGGGCAACCGGACACGAUUUACGGAGAGAAAUGUGUCGAGAUCCGCCCUCAGUUCAGCUACAACUGGAACAACCACCAUUGCACUGAGCUCAAGAACUACAUCUGCGAGAUAGGUACGUCACGGCAACUACACCAAGCAGCAUC